AUGGGCCUGCGCUGGGCGCUGCUGCUGCUGCUCGCCCUGCCGCUGGGCUGGGCCGGCCGGGCCCGCAACGUGCUGCUCCUCGUGGCGGACGAUGGCGGCUUUGAGAGUGGCGUGUACAACAACUCCGCCAUCAACACCCCCAACCUGGACGCCUUGGCCGGGCGCAGCCUCGUCUUCCGGAACGCCUUCACCUCCGUCAGCAGCUGCUCCCCAAGCAGGGCCAGCAUCCUGACCGGCUUACCCCAGCACCAAAAUGGGAUGUAUGGGCUGCACCAGGACGUGCACCAUUUCAACUCCUUUGACAAGGUGCAGAGUCUUUCCCUGCUGCUCAGCCAGGCACUUAUCCGGACAGGGAUAAUUGGGAAGAAGCACGUUGGGCCGGAGACGGUGUAUCCCUUUGAUUUUGCAUACACUGAGGAGAACAGUUCUGUGCUGCAGGUGGGCAGAAACAUCACCCGGAUCAAACGGCUCGUCCGGAAAUUCCUGCAGAGCCAGGACGAGAGGCCGUUCUUCUUGUACGUCGCCUUCCAUGAUCCCCAUCGCUGCGGCCACUCCCAGCCCCAGUACGGGGCCUUCUGUGAGAAGUUCGGCAAUGGCGAGAGCGGCAUGGGCUGGAUCCCCGACUGGAAGCCCCAGACGUACAGCCCAGAGCAUGUGCAGCUCCCGUACUUCGUUCCAGACACUCCAGCCGCUCGCGCUGACCUGGCCGCCCAGUACACAACAAUCGGGCGCAUGGACCAAGGGAUCGGGCUGGUCCUGGAGGAGCUGCGCAACGCCGGCUUGCACAACACCACGCUGGUGAUUUACACCUCUGACAACGGCAUCCCCUUCCCCAGCGGCAGGACCAACCUGUACUGGUCGGGCACUGCUGAGCCCCUGCUGGUCUCCUCCCCCGAACACCCCGAGCGCUGGGGGCAGGUCAGCCAGGCUUACGCCAGCCUGCUGGAUCUCACGCCCACCAUCUUGGACUGGUUCGCCAUCCCCUAUCCCAGCUACAGCAUCUUCGGCACCAAGACAGUCCAGCUUACCGGGAAGUCGCUCCUGCCAGCCUUGGUGUCCGAGCAGCCCUGGGUCACGGCCUUCAGCAGCCAGAGCCACCACGAGGUCACCAUGUACUACCCCAUGCGGGCGAUCCAGCACCAGCAGUUCCGCCUGAUCCACAACCUCAACUUCAGGAUGCCUUUCCCGAUCGACCAGGACUUCUACGUCUCGCCAACCUUCCAGGACCUGCUCAGCCGGACCAGAGCCAGGCAGCCGACCCAUUGGAACAAGACCCUGCACCAGUACUAUUACAGGGACCGCUGGGAGCUGUUUGACCGGAGCAGCGAUCCCACCGAGAGCCGGAAUCUGGCCUCCGACCCCCAGUACGCCGAGGUCUUGGAGCUGCUCAAAGCCCACCUGUUGAAGUGGCAGUGGGACACUAAUGACCCUUGGGUGUGUGCCCCAGACGGCGUCUUAGAGGAAAAACUGAGCCCCCAGUGCCAGCCACUUUACAAUGAACUGUGA